GAGCAUUGCAAACAACACAAGAAUGGCAAGCCAGAGUUUCCUUAGGGCUUUGAUUCUGUGUCUCGUAGCAAUCAUUGGAUCAACUCAGGCUCAAUUGCAGCAAAACUUCUAUGCCAAAACCUGCCCAAAAGCCGAGGCGAUCGUCUACAAGUAUGUUCACGAGCAUAUCCGCAAUGCCCCUUCAUUGGCAGCCGCCCUUAUUAGAUUGCAGUUCCAUGACUGCUUUAUCAGGGGUUGCGAUGCAUCAGUUCUUCUGAACUCAACAACCAACCAAGCUGAGAAGGAUUCUCCGCCAAAUCUUACCCUCAGAGGAUUUGGCUUCAUUGAGAGGAUCAAGAGCCUAGUUGAGGCUGAAUGCCCUGGUGUCGUCUCUUGUGCUGAUAUUCUAGCUGUGACUGCCAGAGACGCUAUUGUCGCCACUGGUGGUCCCUACUGGAAAGUUACUACAGGUAGAAGGGAUGGAACUGUCUCUAACGCUACAGAAGCUUUAUUCGGCAUUCCAGCUCCAUUCCAAAACAUCACCACCCUCCAAGGAAUCUUCGCCGGCGUGGGACUUGAUUUGAAAGACUUGGUCCUUCUCUCAGGUGCGCACACAAUUGGUAUCUCCCAUUGCCCAUCACUCUCAAACCGCCUGUACAACUUCACCGGUAAAGGUGAUCAAGAUCCAUCUCUAGACAGUGAAUAUGCAGAGAAUCUAAAGAAAUUCAAGUGCAAGACCAGCACUGAUAACACCACACUAGUUGAGAUGGACCCUGGAAGCCGCAAGACAUUUGAUCUUAGCUACUACGUUCAUGUGGUUAAGAGAAGGGGUCUAUUCGAAUCAGAUGCUGCGUUGCUAAACAACCCAGUCACAAAAUCCACUGUCAACCAACUGCUUCAGGGUUCAGUGGAGAACUUCUUUGCUGAAUUUGCCAAGUCUAUGGAGAAGAUGAUCCAAAUCAGUGUCCUGACUGGGACACAAGGGCAGAUCAGGAAGCAGUGCGCCCUUGUAAACAACUAAGUAAUUGCAAGUUUUUGUCCAUUCUGGUGCAUUUUGUAUCAUUAAUUUUUUUUUUAUAGUUUUAUUCUAUAAAUUUCUGGGGUUUGGUAAUGUAUGUUCUGUCUCAGUUGUGUCUUAAUUUGUUUGACCCCAAUGGUCGGUUGUAUGUUGUGGGCAUAAAUGAUGAAUCUCACUGUGUCAGGUUACAAGGGAGAUAAGUUCUUGAUGUUAAUAAAAGGCCGAACUG